AUGCAAACCCAGUGCACCACCAUCACGCAGAUCCGGUUCUGCCUGAGCUUUCUUCUGCUCUGCAUGCUUUGUGGGAAGUCACACACUGAAGAAGACUUCAUAGUCACAACUAAGAACGGAAGAGUACGGGGGCUGAACCUGCCUGUUCUGGGAGGCACAGUGACUGCCUUUCUCGGAAUCCCCUAUGCACAGCCUCCUCUUGGUAGUCUAAGAUUCAAAAAGGCACAACCAUUAAGCAAGUGGACUGGCAUCCAGAAUACCACCAAAUAUGCAAAUUCGUGUUAUCAGAACAUAGAUCAAACCUUCCCAGGCUUCUCUGGGUCAGAAAUGUGGAAUCCGAACACAAACCUCAGUGAAGACUGUUUGUAUUUGAAUGUUUGGAUUCCAGCACCCAAACCUAAAAAUGCCACUGUGAUGGUAUGGGUUUAUGGUGGUGGAUUUCAAACUGGGACAGCCUCUCUACCUGUUUAUGAUGGGAAAUUUCUAGCACGGGUUGAAAGAGUUAUUGUAGUUUCAAUGAACUAUAGGGUAGGAGCCCUAGGAUUUCUAGCUUUACCCGGAAAUUCUGAAGCUCCAGGGAACAUGGGCUUAUUUGAUCAACAGUUGGCACUUCAGUGGGUCCAAAAAAACAUAGCUGCCUUUGGAGGAAAUCCUAAAAGUGUCACACUUUUUGGAGAAAGUGCAGGAGCAGCUUCAGUGAGCUUGCAUUUGCUUUGUCCCCAAAGCUACCCCUUGUUUACCAGAGCCAUUCUGCAAAGUGGAUCCUCUAAUACCCCCUGGGCAGUAAAGUCUCCCGAGGAAGCCAGAAAUCGAACUUUGGCCUUAGCUAAACUGACUGGCUGCUCAAAGGAGAACGACACAGAGAUGAUUAAAUGCCUUCAAACUAAAGAACCUCAGGAAAUUCUUGUGAAUGAAAGGUUCGUUCUCCCUUCUGAUUCCCUCUUAUCGAUAAAUUUUGGUCCAAUGGUGGAUGGUGAUUUUCUCACUGAUAUGCCCCACACACUACUUCAACUUGGACAAGUGAAAAAAACUCAGAUCUUAGUGGGUGUUAACAAAGAUGAAGGGACAUCCUUUCUAGUAUAUGGUGCUCCGGGUUUCAGCAAAGACAAUGACAGUCUCAUCACUCGGAGGGAAUUUCAAGAAGGUUUAAAUAUGUAUUUCCCAAGAGUGAGCAGCUUGAGCAAGGAAGCAAUCCUCUUUUACUAUGUGGACUGGUUAGGUGACCAGACACCGGAAGUUUACCGAGAUGCCUUGGACGAUGUUAUUGGAGAUUACAACAUCAUUUGCCCUGCACUGGAGUUUACUAAGACUUUUUCAGACCUUGAAAACAAUGCGUUUUUCUACUAUCUUGAACACCGAUCUUCCAAAGUUCCUUGGCCUGAAUGGAUGGGAGUGAUGCAUGGCUAUGAAAUCGAAUUUGUCUUUGGCUUACCUCUGGAACGGAGAGCUAAUUAUACGAGAGCUGAGGAAAUGUUGAGUCGAUCCGUAAUGAAAUUGUGGGCAAAUUUUGCAAAAUAUGGACAUCCCAAUGGGACCCAGAACAAUACCACAAUGUGGCCUGUCUUCACAAGUACUGAACAAAAAUACCUAGCCUUGAACACAGAAAAAUCAAGAAUAAAUUCUAAACUUCGUGCUCCACAAUGCCAAUUUUGGAAUCUAUUUUUUCCUAAAGUUGUGGAAAUGACAGGAAAUAUUGAUGAAACAGAACAGAAGUGGAAAGCAGGAUUCCAUCGUUGGAGCAAUUACAUGAUGGACUGGAAAAAUCAAUUUAACGAUUAUACUAGCAAGAAAGAGAGUUGUAUGGGUCUCUAAUUAAUAGAUUUACCCUUUAUAGAACGUUCGUUUUCCUGUAGAUGAAGGCAAAAUACCAGUAGCUCUUUCCACAUAAACCAAGAGUGCUAUUAUACAGCAGAGAGAGAAAUGCCAGAGGACAAUAUCGAUUCCUCACAUCUUUCACUUUGUAUUUUACCUAAUGUUUCAGAACCGAAUCACUAGAAGUUGUUUUAUUAAUUCACAGAAUAUGAACUUUGAGAAUUAAUUAUGUGUAUAUUAAUACAAUGUGCUGCUCUGAUCUUAUUAUCCUGAAUAACUUUACAGUUUUUACUAACUGUUACAUACUAUGGUUUUAUUCACUCCCAUAUAUUCAGAACCACAUAUAUAAAAGUACUUUGAAAAACUGAAUGGGAUUUUGAAACACUGGAUGUCAUAUUUUAUACAGUGUUUCCUACAAUUUAUUUAUAAAACUACUGUUAAUAUGAAAUACUAAAACAACAAAAUAAUUGCUACUAAUAUAAAAAGAGGCAAGAAAGAAUAAGAAAAAUAAGAGCCAUAGUGUCUGGGAAAGAUUAUAGUGAAAUAAAAUAUGACUAUCACGCAUAAGAAAACAUGCUUCAGGCAUCAUCCUGAAUAUAACUUUUCACAUGAAACAGUCCCGUCCAAUAAUUCCAUAGCCAAAGAAACCAUGGGAUUUCUAAGAGAAAAUCCUUUGCCUUCACACUGUGGUGUAUGUGUGUGUGCGCAUGUGUGUGUGUGGGGAGGGGGAGAGACAGCAGAAAUCCAUGUAUAGGAACUCUUGCAUAUUGCACUUUGUACAGAUUCACAGGUGAAACAAAUGUUUGAUUUAAAUUAAUCACAAGUUGAAGGUAUGUAAAUCUAAAUUACAUAUCACAUUAGUCUCUGUAGGGUUAAUACAUGAAGAACUAUUUCUAUAUCAUUAAACAAAACCAUAGAGCUGUUGCCUAUUUUAGACAGAUUUUUUUUAUUUAUGUCUCAAAAUAUGACAAGGAAUUAUGUCUUACAUUAUAAAAGAGUAAGUAUAGAUAAUCCAGGCAGUUUAGAACAUUAUUUUUAUCAAUUACUUAUAUACUGCAAAAUGCUGUUUUUAGUGGAUUAAUGGUCAAAUAUGGAGAUACAAGAACUAAAGCAAUAAAUAUUUUUUCUUUAAAAAUACACUUGUUUUAUUUUCUGAUUUUUGAAAAAUAAUACGCCAAUGGC